AUGGCCAAAAGACCCGAGUCGCUGCUCCACGAGGUCUGUUUCCUCUUUGUCGUCUCUAUGGCGCAAUUCCUUGGACAGACGGGCCUGGCCAUCUCUAUCAUCACGGCCCACAUCAUCGGCCGCAGCUGGGAGAAUGUAAGCGAUGGCCAGCUGAGCUGGUUCGCGGCUUCAUUCUCACUAACCAACAGCACGUUCAUCCUCGUCGCCGGCCGGCUGGGAGACUUGUAUGGCCACAGGCGGCUCUUCAUCAUCGGCUUCUUCUGGUAUGGGCUGUGGUCUCUGCUGGCCGGCUUCAGCGUGUAUUCAACGACGACGACAUUUUUUAUCUGCUGCCGCGCAUUUCAAGGCAUCGGAGCCGGAUUGGUAUUACCCAACGCUGUUGCCAUCUUGGCGAGAACAUAUCCGCCCGGACGGGGGAAAGAAUUGGUGUUUAGUCUCUUUGGAGCCACCGCCCCUGCUGGAUUCAAUGUUGCGGGCAUAUUCAUCGCACUGUUGGCACAGCGGGUAUGGUGGCCCUGGUCAUACUGGAUCAUGGCGAUUUUCUGCUUUAGCCUUGCUGUUGCCGGGAUUUUCGUGAUCCCCAUAGCACUAGAUCCGCCCCCGAGAACAGACACUUCGCUUAAACAGGGGCAUCGAUUCGACUUUAUUGAUCAAAUCGACAUCCCUGGCGCUCUUCUCGGCAUCACCGGCCUUGCUCUAAUCAACUUCUCCUGGAACCAGGCCCCGAUUGCCGGGUGGGCAAACCCAUACAUCUAUAUCCUUCUCAUUGUUGGAUUUCUGUUCCUCGGUGGAUUUGGAAUCGUUGAGCGCAAGGCAAAGUUUCCUUUGCUCCCAACUUCUGUCUUUACGGGGGAUCUUGGUUGGACUCUAAGCUGCAUCUCGGCCGGCUGGGCUAGCUUUGGCAUUGGCCUGUACUACUACUACCAGUUUAUGGAAGUUAUCAAGGGCGACGAACCGCUCCUUGCGGUAGGUAAAUGGGCUCCAGCACCAAUCAUGGGUGUUAUCGCAGGCCUCACAACGGCGUACCUGCUAAGCCGCGUAUCGCCAAGUGUCAUCAUGUUUAUGGCAAUGUGCGGGUUCCUUAUUGCGGCUACGCUGUUGGCCACAAUUCCGGUUGAACAAACGUAUUGGGCACAAGCGUUUGUGAUGAUAUUGAUCUACCCUUUUGGCAUGGACAUGUCAUUUCCCGCGGGAACUAUUCUCCUAAGCAAUGCCAUGCCGCGUGAGCACCAGGGCCUCGCAGCAUCUCUCAUUGCCACAACAAUCAAUUAUUCUAUCUCUCUAAGUCUAGGAUUUGCGGGGACUAUCGAGACCCAACUAAAUCAUCACGGACAGGAUUUGCUUAGAGGAUAUCGUUCAGCGUUAUAUUUCAGCGUAGGUUUAGCAGGCUUUGGAAUGGUCCUGACAUUGCUCUUUAUGUUUGUGUCAUGGAGACGGAGCCGAAAGCCGGCCAAUUCAAGCACUCCAGCGGCUGUCUAG